AGUUUGCAGUCUAUGUAACCUGUAGUUAAUGUUGUAAACUUUCUUUCUUUUUUGAAUUUCCUUCGUUAUAAACUGUCUUACUGUUAUGCCCUCUGGGCCCAAAAUUGGAAUAAACUUAUCUUGUCUAUAAUAUUGAUGUACAUGUAUAUCAAAAUUCAUACGCGCAUUGUUCACAGCGGCAGUGCAUUCAUGAAAAAAUAGCUUUCAUUACAAUUUAUAAGGAUGUCAAAGACAAACAUAUUGGAAAUGUACAUUAUAUACAUGUAGUCUCUGCUUCCAUUGUCUUAAACCCUUCCAAUAUUACAGUCGGUCAGAUUUUCACUGGUUUGUCGUAAAUAUUUCCACUUUCUUUAAAGUUGUCGAAGUCAACAAAGUACGAAUUAAUCUCACCUGUAGUUUUCACCUGCGUAAUUUAUACCUGAUAUCCGGUAUGGUGAUAAACUGGGUCCCAUAACAAGUAUGCAUGAAUAAUCAUUCUUUAACGCUUCCUUCACGCGAGACAUUUCAUGGGUACCAGUUUAACAAACGAUUACUCAAGAAAGCACUGAAUUUAAAACAAGGUGAGGCCGGUGUACUAUUUGUUUAACUCUGUCUUCGGGCUAAAGAUCGAUUGAGAUACUGGACGUUUUAAAACUGGACAGUGAUGGAUUGAAUUGAUGUACAUAAGAGAAAAACUAUCCAGGAAAUUUUAAGAAUUGAGCAAAGAAAAUGGGGUUAUUAUCAAGAGGCAAGUUGAGGAUUUAUCUGGCAAUAAUCAACAUUUUAUUCUUCGUACUUGGAGGAGUCUGUGUAGGACUAGGAGCUUGGCAGGCAGUGGACAAAAUUUUCAUCUCUGACGUCAUUGGUUCCGAUCUCUACUCCACCGCGGCCUAUCUGUUGAUAUUCGCCGGGUGUGUACUCGUCAUCAUUAGCUGUGUUGGUUGUGUGGGCACGGUGAUGCAGAACCGGCCUAUUCUCAUCUUAUACAUGAUGACGAUCAUUUUGACCAUCAUUUUGAUGGUUGCUGCUGGGGCAGUGGCAGCAUCAUUUCAAAGUAAGGUCGGCUCCAACAUGAUUAACAACAUGAAAAAUACCAUUCUCUAUAACUAUGGGAACAAUGUAGAAAGUAAUGCAGAGAACAAAAGAAUAACUAACUCGUGGGACAACCUACAAAGAAUGCUGGACUGCUGCGCGGUAGAGAACCGAGGCUGGGAGCUAUACAGACGGUCGGAAUGGUUCAAACAGAUUAACCCACACAACUACAUCAGUUUCGAUCAGAACACCAUCUUCGUGCCGGCCUCGUGCUGUGUACAUCAGGGACCAUAUUCCACUGAUGAUUGGUUGAGGAAGUGUCAACGGAACCCGUACGGACCUCCACGAUAUCCUCAAGAGGUCAGUGAGAACCAAGCUCUUGCCUAUUCCGGUUGCAGCGAGGCAGCAAAGAUGUUCAUUCAGAAUAACAUAGGGUCUCUGAUUGGUUUGGGGUUCGGUUUUGGACUAACUUUAAUAUUUGGUGUUCUUUUUGCAUUCUUGCUAUAUAGAAAUCUACGGGAACCUUUUGUACCUGUGUCGACUCGAGAACAUUGAUUUUUAUCAUAUUGCAUAAAAGUCAAUCAAGUGUCAAGUCGAGAACAUUGAAUUUUAUCAUUUUGUAUAAAAACUGUCUAUCUACAAUUUUAUUUUUUUGUGUAUGUUUUUAGACAAGAAUGCAUGUUCAGGAAAAAAUAGAUGAGCUAGAAUUUAUGUAGUAAGGAUGUAAUAUACAGUCAAAUGAUAGAUGAGUUAGAAUUUAUGUAGUAAGGAUGUAAUAUACAGUCAAAAUGCUUUUGCUCUGAUUUUCUUUAAGGAGGAAUGAUGCUUCAUCAUAAUGGCUGACUUCCUAUUGAAAAUUGAAUGAAAAUAUAAAUAUCAGCAAUACAUGUAUAUUCCUUUUAAAUCUAAUCGCCUAACUGGGUAGCUCAGAAGGUUUACAUGUGAAUACUGAAUAGCUGAUUAGUGGGUCUUGUAGUAGGGGAUUUGAUUUUUUUUUUUUUAAAUUUAGAUCAUUUUCUGAUAAAAUGAAUUUUUUUUAACUAAAUAAGGUAAAUUUGAAAGUUUUCAAUUUUAAAAUUUUAUUGUACAUGUCCUCCACUCUCUACCCCUGUCAUUUCUCUUUUCUAUCACUCUUCCUUAACUUGAAUAAUAUGUUGUGUUUUUGUAUGUACUUAGUGCAUAACAUUUGUAUUGUGUAUUUGUUUUUCAUGUAUGGUAUUUCAUGUCUUGAGAGCUGGACAUGAGUUUAUUUAGAACCUGAACCAAUGACAUGCACUGGUUUCAUCUAAGGAAAGGAUGCAACCUAUGUUUUAAUAUCCUGUAGAAAUUGAAUUAUGUUGAGCAAUUAGUGUUGAAAUUUUUUAAAAUUUUUAUUUACUCAUGACUGUGUAUCAAUAAGUCUGCAGGUCAUGGUUAAAAUUAGAAUAUAUUGAAGUUUUUACAAUGGGUAUCUCAUUUUCUUAGGAGGUCUGUUACACAAUCUUGUAUUUGUCUUUGUUCCAUAUAUUAUUUAAGAAAAUAAGACAGUAUGCAUCGUAUUAUAUACAAUAUACUAGGUAUUAUGAAUGAGCAAAUGUAUUUAUCAACAUGGAUAUUUUUAUUUACAUACAUGAGAUAAUACAUUAGAUGUAUUAAUCUUUCUCUGACUUCACCAAACUGCCCUGCUUAAAAUUCUUCUCUUUUUUUUCCAUUUUGUUUUUUACAAAAGGCAAAAAUCAAAUAAGAAGUUUUUGAAGAGACUGCAUUAUUCUAGUGUUACUUCCCAAUCUAAAAAACCCCAAAUCUACUAUACCUCUGCAUGGACCAGUAGUGUGCUUCCAAGUUUUUCUAAUAUUGCAGGGGAAGGGAGGGGUGCAUUUUGUUGUCCAAUGUACAUCCCAGGUACAGGUGUACCCCAAAAGUGUGAUACUCAAAUAAAACUUUUUACAGAUGCAAUUUUUUAAUGUUCAUAUCACAGUGUAUUUAUAGGAAUUUUUUUGAACUGUUGUGAAUUAUGUGUGAACUUUAUUAUGAAUAAGGCAUCGUAACAUUAAAGUCAAUGAGAUUUA